AUGAAGUUCGCGGUCGUUGGAGCCACCGGGGAGACCGGAACUUCCAUUGACGUGACCGCUCUCAUCCGACCCGGCUCGCUUGACAAGCCCGAGGUUCACGCCCUCAAAGAAAGAGGCGUCAAGAUAGCUUCCACCGACCUCACAGGACCUGAGGAUGAAAUCGUUAAGCAAGUCACUGGCUUCGAUGUCGUCAUUUCCGCCAUCGUUGCAGACAGCCUCCUUGAUCAGCUCCCACUUGCCAGCGCGUCGAAGAAGGCCGGUGUCGGGCGAUUCGUCCCCUGCUUCUUUGGUACCGUGAUGCCGGCUAGGGGAAUGUUGUGGUUCCGUGACCAGAAAGAGGAUGUCUUGAACCAUGUUCAAACACUCUACCUUCCCUACACCGUCAUUGACGUCGGCUGGUGGUACCAGAUUACCCUGCCUCGCUUGGCUUCCGGUCGCAUUGAUGCUGUCGCCAGCCCCUUUGACAACUGGAUUGCAGGGGAUGGCACUGUCAAGUCUGCUAUCACUGACCUAAGGGAUAUCGGCAAAUACGUCGCUCGCAUCGUUGCGGACCCUCGUACCCUGAACCAGAAGGUUUUCGCAUACACCCAGUUGAUCUCGCAAAACGAAGUUUACGAUCUCAUUGAAAACUUGAGCGGCGAGAAACUCGAGAGACAAUACCUGUCGUCAGAUGAUAUCGAGGCCGCGAUGGUGAAGGCGAAGGAUGACAAAGCCAACCCUCACAAGCUGUCUGUCUUGCAGUACCGCAAGUCUUGGGGUCUUCGAGGGGACAACACUCCCGAGUAUGCCCGUUAUCUGGGUUAUCAAAUCGGCAAAGAACUCUACCCAGAUUUGACUGGGAAACCAUUUGAAGAGUUUUGUAAAGAAGCGUUGGAUGGAAAGGUUGAGCCCAUUUUCCAGAAGAAGAGGCGCGAGAUGAUUGAAGCUGCUCAGAAGAAAGCCGCGGCUGGGCAAGCUUAA